AUGGUCGCCCAGCCCCCUUCAACUAGCGCUUUCGCCCGAAAAGUCGUGAACCCACUUGGCUUUACCAAAGUCUACAACUUUUGGUUGUACAUAGUCUUCGGUGGAGCACUUACUGGCUUCGUCCUAGCACGCUUUCCCUACCUCAACUUUUCGCACAACUUCUGCCCUGCCGAUGGACCAAGUGAGAGCGGAAACAGCGCAGCCCCAGGAGAAUGCUACUACUAUCUCAACUUCACACAAUACAAAGUCGGCAUCUUGCUUCAUCUAGGGGGUGUUCUGCCCGCUAGUUUGAUCUCUGUUACACAGUUUACACCGUUUAUUCGUCACCGCUGGAUAAUCGUACAUCGCAUUGGCGGAUAUGCUGCACUUCUCCUGUACCUGGUCAGCCUUGCAGGAGCGUUUAUGAUAAUGCGACACGCGUUCGGCGGCGGCCUAGAAGUGCAGAGCGUUCUCGGCGUUCUAGGCUUAAGUACGCUAGCCUGCUUCAUCAUCAGUUAUAUAAACGUAAAGCGUUUGCAAAUCGAACAGCAUCGGGCUUGGAUGCUCAGGGGAUGGUUCUAUGCGGGUGCCAUUGUCACUAACCGUAUUAUUCUCAUUAUCUCGGCUCAGAUAACCGCAAAUCAAGGAUACUACAUUGUCUGGACUUGCGCAAAGAUCGCCGUAACUAUCGCCCCUGAUGUUGACCUUGCGACUUCCUAUCCAGCAUGUGCUGCUUAUGUCGAUGGUACGGAUCCCGAUGCAGUAUCAGCCGUGGCAGCGACCUUUGGGGCAGGAGACGCAGCGAAUACAGGCGCAGCAUUGAAUGCAGGAUUUGGUAUGGCGCUGUGGCUUUCUCUUGUGCUGCAUGCUAUCGGUGUUGAGAUUUAUCUGCACCUUACGCCGAGAGAGGCCCAAAGGUUGAGACAAGUAAGCUAUCAAAAACAACUCGAAGCCGGCAUGCGUAACCCAAGUUCGGCUGGUCUCACAGCAGAUCGGUUGGGUGAUGCACACAGGUGGUCGCCUGAAGUACCAGACGACCAACACAGUACAAGCUCAGCAGAAGAUGUCACCAUGGUAUCUGAUUCAAUGGUGGUAAGCAAAUGA